AUGAAGUUCUCAACCACCAUCGUCAGCGCAGCUCUGCUCGCCGCAUCGGCCCUCGCUGCACCUCUCACUGCGCAGCGUCAAGCUCGCCGUGCAGCCACCAGCCGUAAGAGCAACCCUCCCUUCAAGCCCGGCACCACCGAGGCUAUCCAUCUCAACGGAACCUCCCACGAGGAAUACAGUUCCAACUGGGCUGGUGCCGUGCUCAUCGGCACCGGCUAUACCGCUGUGACUGCCGAGUUCACUGUCCCCACCCCAAAGCUGCCUACUGGCGCCUCGUCUUUCGAGCAGUACUGUGCUUCCGCCUGGGUCGGCAUCGACGGUGAUACUUGCUCCAGCGCCAUCCUCCAGACCGGAGUCGAUUUCUGCGUCCAGGGAGGCAGCGUCUCCUAUGAUGCUUGGUACGAGUGGUACCCCGACUAUGCCUAUGACUUCUCUGGAAUCUCGAUCUCUGCUGGAGAUGUCAUCAAGGUUACUGUGGAUGCCACUUCGAAGACCCGUGGUACUGCUGUUAUCGAGAAUGUUUCGAAUGGGCAGUCUGUCACUCACACUUUCAAUGGCGGUGUUGAUGGCGACCUUUGCGAAUACAAUGCCGAGUGGAUUGUUGAGGACUUUGAGAGCAACGGAGAGCUGGUUCCUUUCGUCGACUUCGGAGCUGUCACAUUCUCCAGUGCUUCGGCUACCAAGAAUGGCAGGAGUGUUGGCCCGUCUGGUGCUACUCUGAUGGAUAUUCAGCAAUCUUCCUCUAUCUUGACUUCUUCUUCUCUCACCAGCAACAGUGUCACUGUCAAGUAUGCUUGA